AUGAAUCUCUUCGCUGCCUGCGAGAACUUCGGUCUGAACAUCAACACGGAGAAUACGGUGGUCAUGCAGAAACCGCCACACAACACAGCCCACAAUGUGCCGAAAAUCAAUGUGAACGAAGCCCAACUACAAGUGGUGGACAACUUCACGUAUCUGGGCAGUACCCUCUACGGAACACCGAAGACGAAGAUGAAGUGGCCCACCGAAUUUCCGAGGCCAGUCAAGCCUACAGUCGUCUUCAUGUCAGUUUGAAUCGUUACGAUCUUCAACCCAGCACGAAAUUAAAGAUGUACAAGGUCGUUAUCCUACCUAUCCUACGUUGUUCCAUGGAGCAGAGACCUGGACGGUGUACAUGAAGUAGGCCCCACUACUUCCACCUUAGCUGUCUUCGUCGACUACUGAAGCUGAGGUGGCAGGACCGGAUCCCAGAUGCGGACGUAGUGGAGCGGACGGUAAUCCUCAGCAGCUACGCUAUGCUGAGACAACUACAACCACGCUGGAGCGGCCACCUCGUACAGAUGGACGACGAGCGGAUACCCAAACAGCUCUUCUAUGGAGAUGUCGAGACGGGUUCACGCCGUAAGGAGGUCAAGUCCGGCGCUAAAAAGGAUACUUUUACAACCUCCCUGAAGGACCUGCGGAGCAACCCGGCAAAUUGGAAAGACCUCGCCCAGGACCCACCUACACGGAGGAGAACAGUGAAGACAGAUGCAGCAGUCUUUGACGCUAACCACGUAAUCGCCGUCAAAGCCAACCGCGAGGUUCGUAAAUUUUAACUGCAUCCACCUCUCAACGCAAACGCUCGAUCGUCUCGACCUGUGUACGAUGCCAACAGACGUUUCGAGCACCGAUCGGCCUUAUGGGACAUCGUCGUAUCAACUGCAGUACCCGGACUAUACCAGCCGCUGUCUCCCUGUCCACUUCUCCCUCGCCUCCCACACCAACAAACACCAACACCACCACUGUCAACACCAGUGCUGAGGACCUGGUCCUCAUUGCGAUUAAACUUUCGCCUUCUCCAUCACCGAAACUGGUACUGACACCGCCGACUUCUCAUCUCCAGUGUUCCUGUACAUACACCGCACACAUCGGCCUGGUCGGUCACUUUCGAAUGCAUCACACAACGACUGGCAAACCACUGCCCGCAGCAUCAACCUACACUCGCCGCAUCCGCCUCCACUGUUCACCCUGCACUCGCUUAUUUAUCCACCGCGUGGGUCUAUUAGGCACCACGCGCAUCUACGUAAACCUGCGGUGGACAAACGUCGGCUGCAUCAUACCAUCACCCUCCUUCACCAGCAUCUCACCGCAUACCAACAUCACCCAUUGCCAGCACCCAAUUGUCACCUCCCAUGCAAGUGAGACGUGUUCGCCUCGGUCCCGUCUCCAUGCGACUCCUAAGCUGCAUAUGUGGUUGGGAUUUGAGACGAAGACGAGGCGUCGGACGCCGUGGCUCGGGAGGCUCCUAACUGACGCCCCAACUCAGUCCACGCGGUCUGCCCAGUUGUCGUGCGUGUCGUGUGAAGUGACGGACUGGUGGGAAGAGAGCCAGGUUGUCACGGCCCCUUCUCAAGCGAUCUGUGACAGUCUCAUGCAUGUGAAGAGGGUGUUUGUGUUUGUGUGUGGGCUUUAUGGGUAGUGCCUCUCAGUCGACGACUGUUUGGUUACCCAACCUUGAAGGGUGACGGCUCAUGCUAAAUGCGCAGCCACAUGUCGCCCUUCUAGGUCGAAAGGUCUGAAAGCGUGUGCUAUGCCAGUAUUAGCAAACCAUGUGUCUCGCAGCCUGGUAUGCGCUGGCAGUUCCCUGACGCCUGGUUCCCUGCCGGUAGAUGCGUUUGCGCUCCCGCGGAGUAUACAGGUGGUGAGCAUAACUGCCCAGUCAUCAUCCUCGUCCUUCUGAUCGCCAUUGAGGCGAAAAAUCCUGGUCGAGUGUAUAUUGUGGACCAGGGGGUGUGGUUGCACGCCUAGGUGCGGGCCCGGCCUCGCCAGCCGCCUGCGUCCUCCCCACCUUCGGUCUUCUUGGUUCUGUCUUGACACCGGGUCCGGGUGGGGGAGGAGGAGAGAGUGCGGUAGAUGCUGAGUAAGUGUACUAUCAUUAUAACCUAAUUCACGCGCAAGUCACCGUGCCUGCUGCACCUUGGUGUGAAGCACACGAUGGACAUCGUCCGAAUCGACGGUCGAACUGUUACUAUUUCGCAAAUGCCAUAUCCUCUUAGCAUCUAUGCUUCAUUAUUAUUUUUUUCGCAUCCUGCAUAUUAAAGCAACAUGUAGAAAUUUUUGAAACUUAACCACUUUUCAUGCCUACCAGUACCGUUGCCAUGGAGUCUUAAAGGCUUCUGUCAUUUACUCCAAGUAUACCGACUGAUCUAAUGAUUGCAAUAAAAGCAAGGUUAUCAUGAACAGAACGCAGUUCACAUUAGUGUUCACAUUGGCGUACCUGAAAAAACAUGAUUUGAAGGAACAUCAAUAUCAGCCAUGGAAUUGCUCGCCGGAUCCUCAAAGUUAGUCAGACCACUGGAAGUUUACAACAUUCCGUUUGGAAUUGCAGCGACGUCCUCCUCAGCAACAAAUUGGGGAUGUACAUGGCUGCUGAGCUGAUUACCUCCCUGUAAGGGGCCGAGACGUGGAAAAUGUACGAAAGUCAGGCAGGAACAUGGGAGACGAAAAGUAUCGUAUAUAGGCAUCCUGGAAGGAACGCGCACUCAGAAUGUACGCUACUCUGAAGCAGGUGCAACUUUGCUGGUGUAACCAUUUCAUUGGAACAACUGGCGAAUAUCUGCUCAAGCGAUUAUUGUCCGACGAUGAGGUUAUUGGUACGCACAGAUGAGGCAGACAAAAUAGUACAUCCUGCACAUUGCCACAUGACCGCAGCAUUGUGUUACUUUUGGAGCGACAGUCAGAAACCAACGACAAAUUUCCGAUGAGGAUUUUAUGAAACCCUCUUCGAAAAGAGAUCCGAGGCCCCUCAGUAAAGACUAUUUCGCAUGGAGAUAGGGACCAGUACGUGUGUAGUAGGAGGCGCACUCAGCGUACAAGCAUCAGUCAGGAACAAGAAAUCACUUUCAAUUUAGUUGCCUUCGUAGAACUCCGAAGGUGAAGUGAGAGGAGAGUUAUCCGUCGUCCUGAAAAAAACUCGCAGUCAGCUCUAAUGCCACUCUAAAGUGGGCGGAACUGCGACAGUUCGGACGCGUCGUUAUGACUGACGCCGAGUGCCUACUCGAGCGAUUGUGUCCGAUGAUGAUGGAACUCCCAGACAAGACAGAGAAAACAGAGGACACUAGGACGUCCUGGAAAUUCCUCUCAAGCAUCUGCGAUUAAUCGAACGGACGUAGGAAGUUCUGGCGCAGAAUCGGCCUUCGUGGAGCACAGCCGUUCGGACCGGAGCAGCCAUCUGUGGAGUCAAUCGAAUGCUUGAGACCGAGCUGAGGCGUGAGACAUUCAAGACCCGAAUUUUGCAAACCAACAUCACCAAAUCAAGCCCUAUACCAACCCGUUUUCAUUGCUAGUUGCCAUUCGGACCAAAGGAUGCGCUCGUUAGGCAGCUUCGGAUCAACCACAAUGUCGCCACGAUCAACCAAUUUUAAACAUCAGCAUGCACACCACCACCACCACCACCGCACACAUCCAUACAACUCUCGUCUGUCUUCACCUUAGCACCACUUUGCGGUCGCGGUUCGUCGUGAUUCGGCGUAUACAUGCUUACAAUAACAAGGACGCUGUCAGAAUACAGAUUAUAUUCACGAACGUCAACUAGUACGCACAUCGCCCACAACAACGUGGAACAUUAUCAGAACAUCCAGUGCAUCUACCGUCUGGAGUCACUUAUCUGUCAGUAUGACAACCUGCGAAUUUAUCGUUAGUAUAGAUCCGAAUCAGGGUGCUGAGUUCCAAUGAAUACCACUAUUUCUCCUCCACCUUUCCGGCGAUUCCUGAUAAAGUUAGACACUAUUUUGACCUAUUUUGUCAUUAGGCCUACACAACAAUAUGCGCUUAGACAACGUGACUCGCAUCGACACUUUACACCAGUACAGUCUACACACCACCAAUGCAUGGGCCUAUUCGGCCAUGGGUAUGGGGACGUCAAUGAUCAACAAAUCGUCUCCAUUCACCUAUGCGACCAUUGUCUAAGAUAAUUCUUCGGCCUCUUGAUGACUGGUGUGACAUUACGUUUAAACACGUUUAUCGCUCGUUUAUAUUAAAUCUGCAUUUAGGAAAAGUCUAGUGCGUGUAAAAUGAGACUCAAAAAGUGUGUGUCAGUCAUCCCGCUCAGUCACACCACAAUCAUGUCCAAAUGCUUGAACAGUCCACUGUGAUAUGGAGAAAAUUAGAAGCAUGUGGUUCCCAUUUCCCCAGUGGAAACUAGCGAACGCUCUUUACUGCUAUCACAAUCAGCUAACAGUUCUGGCUUGGAGGAGUGUUAACUAAAGAAUGAUACGACCCCCCCUCCCCAGGAUCGAGAGACAGACUGCAAUAGUUUCGUCUCGCUUAUACAUCUGAGUUCCGACAGUGAUGUAGACGCACCGUACUGCAAACGCAUUCACGUCAAGUCCCCACUGAGUCAUCUCAGGUACAGUAGUGCCAGCAUAACUUGCGGUGAGCGCAAUGGUAUCGAGGUGAUAAUAUUAAUAGCACACCAUCUGCCAUUUAUGGAAGUCUACCAAUUCAUUUCUUUAACUCACACCCUUCCACAUCGAGAGACCUUGCUGUGAAGGACAUCAGUCCAAAGCCUACUGUCUGAUUUUUAAUAACUUAGAAACUGAAAACGUUUGGAAAACCGCUGAGAUUCUAAUGUCCAGGGACGUCGAAUUGAGAUUUUAUUUUUUCACAUAUAGCCAUCGUAAAAUGUAUGUACUCGUCCGCUUAAAAAUACCACGAACAAUAGGAAAACAUUGCAGAAGUGCAAGGUCCCUUGGCUUGCCACAUAAUAUUCAAAUUUCAGUGGUGAUACCUCUUAGUCAUCAAGUGACCAUCUUGUUUUAAGUUUGUUUAUACUCGAAGGUUUGUCCGACAAGUACCUAGACAUCUCACUCUUUUCUGUGAACCACUGCCAUUAAAAUUAUACUGACAGUGGACAUAGCUAACAGGUAUAGAGGACUACAAGUAAGUGGCAUUUUCCGAAGCUACUUAUAUUAGAGGCAGUAGAAUAAUAUGGUCAGUUUGGUAAUGGCCGUCACAGAAGGCAGGAGUAAAAGUUCACCUUCCUGAUCGAACCACAAUGGCUCCUCCGUGGUUCAUUAAGGAGUGUCUUUAAGAAGUUUGCGAAAAUCCGGCUAGAAGUCGUUCCAAUAAUAAACUUGGCGAAUUCAUUCUGUAUCAUGACAACACGCCAGUCCAUAGGAUCUUUCAGUUUUGUCAAUUUAACCCUUCAUACUGGGACUGCGUAGUGUUUCUAAAUGUAUGGUCAUUUGACUAAAACUCGAGAAACUCUUUUCUUCUGUCCAGAAGUCGAAUAUGCUAAAAGAGGCCGAUGAUAACCAAUGCUUAGAUUGCUGUACUCAUCGGCCUAAAACACACUAAACCUGAGGGAAAUUGUGUGAAAGUGCGAUGACUUGUUAGCUGGAAGCCCCAUGCAGCCCUACUGUCAGCAUUAGCGGGCAGCGCAUCAAGCAAAGUGUCCCACAUCAUGCGGGCUGUGCACAUGACCUUUCAGUCUCUGAAGUUUAGUAGAUGAAACCACUACUUGAAACGUCAAACCUCCAAUAAACCUCUCCCAGUGAAUGCCCCUUCUUUUUUGAAGUCUGUUUUACCUUCGCAAAGCCAGAGUCAGCAAAUGCGACUUUCCGAUUAGCGAUAAUUAGGUCUGCAAAAGGUGAAAAGCAAUCAAUGGAAGGACCUGAGGAGAGGGUUGAGGUGUUUCCGGAUGUGCCAGACAGGGGGGAGGAAGAAAAUUCGAAAUCUGAGGUCUAGACGCACGAAAUGGUGUCGGUAGGAUGCGGUUGCGUUUCGUUGUUGUGAAAUAAGACCAUCUGAUGCAGGCAGGAAUGGCGGUAGGAAUGGGUUGGACUCACUUUGGAUCAGGAUAGCACGAUGAGAAACAGGUUGAGAGUUCUGUCCCAUAAAGUAAAGACCUACAGAACUGAAAGCGCCUAUUGUGACAUGUUGAGGCGGAAACGAGCACGUAUUUCACGCAGCAGGAUUUACUGAUAUACGCUCACCGCGCAGGAUAAACUGCGAAAAAAUUAAGAGGUAUGUUUUUUAAAAAACAGCUGUAUCAUCCAGUUAAGUAAUAAUGGGGGCGAACAUUCGAGUUCCAGGUACCUGUAUGAGUAAGGAAGGAUGGUUGAUCCCCGGAGCAAUUUGUUCUUUAUUCUGAGCUUCCCAACUCGUUCAAGAGUCGAUCGUCAGAGACAGUGUCAGUAACAGAACAAGCAGCAGUUAUGGGGAGUGCCAGUUAAUAGACAAUCAGUGGCGCGGGUAUGGAGGUGACUGUGUUGGGAUCUGCAUGCCGGCGCCCGAUCGACACAUCGAUUGACCGAGUACUCAUCUGAUGCCCAGGCUCCAACCAGUUCUCGACCUGUCUUGUUUCCGGCGUGGGCGAUUAUCUUGGCAGCCGCGAAUUUGAGCAGAUGACUCAUUUCGAAUUAGUAGGUUGCCAUCUGUGAUAAUUCGUCGUCCUGUCGCAUAGCCGGCUUGUGCUUUUGGUAUGCGCGAUCCCAACUUGCGUCCAGUUGGCCCGUGUAGUUUAAGGAUCGCCCAGAAACGGGAUGUGAUAUGCAAUCCCGGACCGCUCCUUGGUGCUUAAUUAUUUUUUUCUCAUGGCCCUGCUGCGCAUGGUAGCUUUGGGCCGGUGUGCAAUUCCAACACCUAGUCUCACAGCAGUGCGCUUUGUCACUCCCGAGGCGUACAUUCCCUAUGGCAGAGCACGCCAUAUCAUUGGUAGGGUUUCUGUGGCGGUAAUCCAGGUGCGAGUGUGUGAGCAUCGGCUUAUAAACGUCUUUCGAGAGUCAUUCCCCAUAAACUGGUCGCAGAGAUAUCGAUCCUCGCCUGCCUCUCCCUCCAGCUUACUGGGAUGAGUCUGGAUCAGUUUUAAGGGCGUAAACACAGCUUCCUUUGUAAACCAUCGAAUUGUUGCUGUGAAAACUGAGAAUUUACAUAGUGUUCGUUGCCCUCCUGUAAACCCUCGUCUAACUUUGACCGCUAGAACUUCGUCUGGAGAACACAUCAAGAAAGGACAGCUACCGUUUCUGUUCUUCAUCAUAGCUCUUAGAUCUUAGGUUUUAUAUAUCCACCAUUUGUCUUAAAACUUUUCAUGCAGCAUCUUAUCACGCUGCUCGCUGGCUCGUGUAGUUCUGACUCUGUGAUUUUUUCUCACACUCUCUGAGUAACCUUCUUUAGCUCUCGAGUGCUCUAGAGCUCGACCGUAGAGUUCAUAUGCCGCAUAUAUUUUCAACCGAGUUUGGGCAUGAACUGAGCCCUAACCUAUCCAGCAGCGUAGAACUCUGUUACCUACGCCCUUGCUCUGAAUGUUCGGUGGCGUGAAACAGGCAAAUAACAUGCAAAACGGCAUCCGUCUACAUAAUUGUUUGUGUUAGACGUAGCAGUCUGUCUGAUGCACAAAACAUCAAUCAUAAAAUACCCGCAACCUUGACGGUUCUCAAGUGAUUCACGAUCAAUCUCCGCUUCAAAUUUUGCUGCAAAAACAAUGCAUCAGUCCUCUGGCUAUGACGGUAAUGCAGCCAAUUUAAACGGGCGUUUUCUUGCCAUUACAGUACACUCUCCCAUUUUUCACUCCAUAGGAUACUUGGGUUAUCCCAGUGCAGGCGGUAACUUUUGUGGUGUGUGGUCAGAGGAACAAAUCGCUGAGCUUAUCGCAGAACGCGAAGGACGACCUGCCCAAGGUAGUUUUGCUAUCUGCGGUGAACAAUCAAGUUAUCACUUCUAUCUAGUGUUGCAGAGACUUCAGAUUUGAUCUACAGUCUCACAAUUUAACCGUCUUCCUGAUUUGUUUAGGUUUCGCUAUGACCAGUUGGCUGGUCUCUACGCGACUAUUGUCGCCUUGGAGACGAAAGCACUUUGUUCCUUACUGCUUAUGCAUUUUAAGUUAUUUUGCAAAAUCAUAUGAUGUUAACUUCUUCCUUCCUUUGUCCUUACUUAUCUCGUAAUCCGACAGUAAUGCCUCUUUCACGACAUACCUGCAGUCUAAAAAUAGCCAUCCGCUGAGAGGAACUUCCACCGAUCAGUAGGUAAGUCGUACCCACUCCCUGAUUCGGUUUUUAUUGGUUAGUCGUGGCUAUUGGUAUCAAAUAAGUGAACUCGAUAUGCUGUAGUCGAUUGGGGGGAGGGAUGAUGGGUAAAUUAAGCGACUUAGGUAAAAUACUCUAACCCGGGGUCUAGUAGCUCCGGUGGCUAAAGUGUUGGCUGCACUAACGGUAUGUCACUUCUUUCACGGGUUCUAGCCCCACCAAAGUCGCCAAGUUUUUCCCAAUCGGCCAUACACUUGCUUUCUCGAAGUACCCGCACAGGGAACGUCUAGAACUUGAUGCAUAAGAUCUACUCAGCAAUUAGUAGUGGCAUAGUCGCGCUCGUAUAGCCGUAGGUUGCAAUUCAGUACCCAAUGUGGAUAACUACUAAAACAGUAAACAAACUUUAAGGACGCUUUUGUGGUGUAUCCAUUGUCAGAAGCGCAGGUGCUAUGCGUCCAUAGGCGCGUGCAUACCAUUAAAAUCAAAGAAAAGUAUCGUUUGAAAUGAAAUAGACUUGAUACAAAUGAAGUACUAAGAAAGUUCUUAAAUUGCACAAUGUCGAAACAAAGUGGUUUUCCCAGUCCUCAUUUUCAGAGCGCACAAUUUUGUUAAGCUUGCCUGAGCCCGCAUUUGGCCAGGCGAAGUGCACCUCUCAACGCCUACCCGUUUCUCUACUGAUUUAUGCGAGAGUUGACAGGAGUCAUAUUAAGUGUGCAAGAAGACUGCCGUGAACCCGCAGACCAUGACACCACGGUUUCCUAUAAAAGGUGACGGACUGGACCUCAGAAACAAGCACUGAGGUCAAGCAACUUGACUGUAGGCAAAACAGGUUGCACCAACCACAGCGCAAAAUGCCUCUUAGAGACAGAAAGCUGCAGUCAGGAGUUAUUUUGUUGAUUUCGCUAAUCGCAUGGACAGACCUCUCUGGGGCGGCUGUCCUUCCCAGGUCCAUGGAUCGUGAGAAGCUGGAGGUUCACUGCAUUGAGGAAUACGGAAAGUACUGUGGUGGGAAACUGAGUGGAUUCAGGCAAGUGUGUAAUAAGCACUGGGGGAUGGCUCAAUGGUACUCCUAAUUUUUGGAAGUCCAGCUAACCCCUCACAACUGUAGCGUAAACGCUGUACCCAGCAGUUUGUCAGUUAACAGAGGUAUAGGCCAUAGUAGUGGAAUUCUGUGGUCGACGGUAGUUUCUCCACCCUAAUUGGCGAACAGCAGCACUACCCUGAAUGGCAAAGAUGGAUUGGUUAUGGAACACCAACCCCCACCACCACCACCGCCACCUUCAGGUGCCAAAACAAAAUCAAAAUAACGGCUGCUCAUGCAGCUUUGCAAAAGUUUGGGGAGGCAAAGUCGUAGUGGUUGCUGGGUGUGUGCCAUUUGCCGGUCCCCUUAUUCGUAGAUGACAUAUACUUCUGUGAGAUGCCAUUCAGUCGUCACUACACAAGUAUUGUACUCAUGCACAAUCGGUACCUAGCAAACAAGACACAUGCAUAGCCUGGUUCGUUAGAAAACCGUCCUGGUAAGUGAUAUCCUCUGUUUAAUAAAAUCAUACCAGAUUACCAAGGGCUCUCCCAUCCCAAAACCCUUCCUACUACGAUUUGUAUACACGAACCCAUUUCGUGUGGUGAUACUUAUUUUAUGCAUCGAGAUAUGUCCAGGCAUCCAUAUAUUUAAGCUCAAAACUUCCUCAGUUGCUUCAUUUUUCAUGAGGUUUAAACCUUGAGCAACUUAUUUACGAGAAUAAAUCUGCCUUUUUAGGUUCAGCGAUGGCUGCCGUGUUUGCAAAUGCGAUAAAACUUCCGUCCUCUGCAAAAAGGGUCCCUGCCGAUUCUUUGCACGGCUUGAUGAGGACGCAUUGGACUACUGUGAUGGCGUUCUAUCACGUGUAAGAAGUGCCCGUUUUCGACACCAUUUUUUGACGGAAAUCAGUCGUCACACGAUGGGCUAGCUUUAAGUUGGAUUCGCCAGCUUCCACUAAUUCGACCCAGCCAUUCAACAGCUGCCCACCUAGACAGGAAGUUUGAACUCACGAUGGUCGUUUCAAGGCCUGCCGAUAAGCAGGGCAUUCAUUAUUGAGAAAGGGGUUCGCACUCCAUCGACUAGGACGCAAAUAUUUAUCGAGAUAACUAAUUACUCAGAUCCGAGCUGAUCACAGCACGCAACAUGUUCUCUAUUGUUUAUCUGAAAAUUUACUCUCCAGUUUCUGGCAGACAGUCUUGUUGCUCCAAACAAUAAGUAACAGAAUCAGUUGUCAGUUGACUUAUUUCCUACUCUUUAGCAGAUAUAGUGCGUGCAAACCAAGAAGAUGUAUCAGAUUCUUGCAUAAAAAUCAAAUACCCACGCCCUGAUAACUCUGCAAAUUUCAAGCGCUAAGGUUAUCGGAAGUAUUCGCGUCCUCGAAAUCAACAAAAUAAAACUAGAAAUAGCCCUCUACGCCCGACAAACGUGCUGAGUUGGUGCUCAUUGCCGGCAUGUUAAGAGCUUAGUGGAGACGAACAGAGUCAAUGACUGUACUCGGAGAGCACUUAUAUUCUCUUUGCGUUCCCCAUGACAUAAAGUGAGCCGUUACUGAGUGGAAGACGAGGGAGUGAAAUACUGUUGGCUUGUGACAACUUAAGUGUCUGCCAUUAAAAUUUGAUUAGGAUGAAUUUAUAUGCAGCUCAAGGCACAAUUUGGACUUUCAAGUGCUGAGAGAAUCAGAAGAGGAAUUUAAUGUGACGAGAUUAUGGUGAGCGGCACCUGUGAUAAGGAAUGACUUUUUGACCGCUGAAAAAAGCGCUCGGGGUUUGCAGAAGAAAAUGAAUUCUUAACCAGUCACAAUAUUUUAUGUAAGCUGAAGUCGUCACAUUUGAAAGACUUCUAAGCUGUCGUGGGAUCAACCCCAUGUUGUGAUUAUAGGUUAGCCGUGCGAAUCAGGAGCGAUAAAUCUUACAUUCUCAAAGGCUGUUAUGAAUGCUUAUUUAGUCUAGCACACAGAAACGAAAUUGCAAUUGUCAACCAUUUAACUUCGACUUACUAUAAUUUCCUUCCGUCCGUGUGGAGUGUCUCACCAACUUGGGUCUGAUAUGUCACAUCUCAUUUUAAAGAUAUGUGGCUCGACGAAGUUAUAAUUAAAAGAGCCAAUACUAAUGUAGACAGGACCCAUCCAACGCCUGUGCCAACAAGACGGCGAUUCAUAAAGUUUAAAAACAAAGCCACUGUGUGAAUGCAAAAAAUGGUUUUAGAAUGCACUUGGGCCUAAGGGAUCCUACGAAUAAAGUCUAUAGCAACGGUCGGAGUGAAGUGUUUGGGUGAAUCUGCCACUUGCACUGUUUGAUAACCAAGCCAACUGCGUGAAUAUUCGAGAGAUUGCUGGUAUCUUUCGGUACUUACAACUGCGGAAGUUUUCCUUGCAGCUACUGAUAAACAUAAUCUUUCAUGUAAUCACCUCAUUGGAAUUUAUUAGUGCUAAUGCGCACAGAAAACCAUUAUAUGUUUCUGCGUUUAAAAAAUGUAUUUGGGUUUUUGGGGCGCAAGUUUAUUAUCCACGGAUUUCCUGGUUCUAUCUGUCAGUACAACCGGUUAUUUCAGCAUAUUAUUAUUUUCAUUGUACCAACAUAAAAUCAAGUAUGGAAAGCAUAAACUGAGCAGAGGUCUACAACCCUCAGUACAUUUGGAAUGACAGUUACUUUCUAAAAAAAGGUAGUGGCAGCUCAGGCUCCCUUCUAAGAGAGUUCCAACAAGCGGCUCUUCCUCAGAGAACGUCAGGAGAAGAAAUCUUUGGUCAUCCGUCUUGUACAACCGACUGCUUUAAUUUAAACGUCAGAAAGCAUAAAAAUUGGCGCUCUGUAUCCUCCGUCAUUUAGACAGGGUUGCAAAAACUAUCUGAAACAAGCACCACUGGAAUUAGUGCACUCGUUUUGAUAGGUGUCAGGUGGCUUUUGCCCCCUGAAAAAGGCAGGAAACAAACAUCUAAAAUGAAAUGUCACGUUCUCUAAACAGGGUUUAGCGGUCUAAGCUACAUUCCAUACUUAAUUCUAGCUAUAGCCCCUAUUCUCAGCACUCCAGUUAUGUUAAUUUACCUUUGGUUGCUAUAUUUUGACCGUCUAGAACGCAAUAGCUUACAAGGACUUCACAAGGAAAGCCAAGGCCGAAAAGCAGAAACAACAGGCAGUACAGGGACCCAAAAUCGACACAAGUAGUCUGAAAUUCAAUAUUAAAUACGACACCAAGCCGAGAAGCAAGAUGGAGGAGCAAGCGAUCAACCACGAGAUGAUCGGUGUCCUGCAGAAUCAAGUGGAGGGUGCACUUCAACAGAGCAUGGAUCAGGCUGCCAAAAGGCGCUUGAGUGAAAGGCGCCCCGGCGUGACCGCAGAAGAUUCGGUCCCUGCGGGUAGAGGGGAUCCUGUGGACGCCAGUGAUUUUAGAAGGAUGUUUGGAAGACUUUCUCGAUUACCCACCCGCCGUCCCCAGUCCACCGACGCGAUGGGAUCCCAACUACCUAAUCUUGGAUCUGGUGGCAUGGGUGUCGAUGUGAUUCGCCCCCCUAGCAGCGCUGAAAGUAGCCCGCAGUCUGACGUCAGGGCCGCCGUCGGCUUGCAGAAAAGAGUGCCGGCACAACAAAUCGAACCCCAGCUCGAAAGAACGCUGACUGCAGGAGGCCUUGGUAGAGAAAGCAUUCUACCGCUGGAGAGUGGUCUGCCGCGCCGGACCAUACAGACACCUGCUCACGUUCAAGCCGCUCCAAAGCCUGUUAUGACGGUGUUAGGUGAGAAGGAGACAGCAAAGGGACACGCUGUUCCACCGGCUCCACAUAUGAUUUCAGAAAAGGAUUUACUUUCCCAGGCAGCACCCCCGUUGCCUCCACAAGUGGGUAUCAAAGGGUUGGCCCCUGGAGCCGUUGUACCACUGCCCACGAAAGUGGUUAAUCGAGACCACAAACCACUGAAGGCCCCUGCAGUGGUACCGCCACCGCCAAUGCCGCAGCGUCCAGCAGUCAUAGAAGGGCCAAAGAUACAACAGCCUGCUUUGGGCCUGCAUCCACAAGUUUUCAGCAAGACCGGUCUGCCUGCGUCAGGGAGAACAGGACCGGCGAAUCUGAACGUCGCAGCUGUACCGAUUCCUCCACCUCCUGCACGCCGUCCUGUCGUGCCUUUGGCAAAAGACAGAAUUCCCACACCCCCCGUCGCACCCAAAGUGGUUUCUGAAACAGACAAAAUUCAGCCGUCCAAGGAAAGCCUUGACUUGUCCACUCUCAUUGACAAACUCAAUAUCAAGAAUAAUCCCCCGAAGCAGGAGGUAUACAAUAUCCAGAACACCGGUCGUCUCUCAGCCCCACUACCGCAAAUGCCACCUGCACCACCAGCUCCACUAGCAGGGGCAAAACUUCCCUCUCAACUCAAACCUGAUACUGUACUCGAGGACUACUUCCUCCGACAACCUGCCUUCGAAGAUUGGCCACCACUCCGACAGCCAUCUCCACCCAUUCACUUUGUUGGCACGCUUAGAGACAACGAGGAAAGCCCGAUGCUUGAGGAGGAUGUGGUACGUCAGUCAGUCUCUCACGUAAAGCCAACAAACCUCGACCGGCUGCAAUGGCAACCGUUUAACGAGUAUGUCCAAGAACCAAAGGCUGAUGUUAUGCCAGCUUUCCAUGCCUUACCAGAGUCAGUGCCCUGCGAUAGACACCAACACGGAUCGAUUCCGGAAUCAGAACUGAGUGCGGCCUAUGAAAAGUCCAUGCCGGAGGGCUUUUUACCGACCGAUCGGCACAGAGAGACCUGGCCAGAUUGGCAGGCAGUUCACCUCGGUCAGCACCGCCAGCACCCGCACCUCUACCGACCAGCCCCUGAGCCCCUAGGAACUCUUGAAGAGGUCAAUCCUUUCUCGCGCAUCAGCUCUUACAUCCAAAACCAGCAGAAACAGAGCGGUCACCUUCAUGGAGAUAACAAUGGGAAGAUGUCCGAAAAAGUGAAAAAUCUCCUGGACCUGACCAAGGCAGCAAUUGAACUCCUUGUCAAAGCCAACUACACAGAAGCCAAGCUGCUACAAAACUUCACUCAGGUUGUCUCCGUAAAUAACACCACAAACGGAACUGCUGCCAUUAUCAGUACCAAGAAAAUGGGCAGUAACAGCACUGACCUCGGACAUACGGUUGAGGCCCAUAGUUACGCUGCCGACAGGGGAACAGCACUACGACAGCAGGUGAAACAGCUUACGGCCAUCAUCACCAAGUUGCAAGAACUCGUGCCCCAAGUAGAAGAAUAUGCCAGGGAAGAGGAGGAAGAGGAGAAGAAUAAAGAUUCUGUGGGAGAGGUGAACCAACUCAUUUCUGCAACCAGUCUGCAGACAGAAAGCUCGCCCACUGGUGUCAUCCUGAUGUCACCCCUUGGUGCGGCCGUGGGAGCUGUCCGUGAGAAGGAUGACCGUGAACAUCUACUGGUGAAAUUGGAACAUUGUGAGGCCUAUUCGGCUAAGCUGCUGAAGGCCCUAGAGGAGAAGAAGAUGCUGGACAGUCUCGGUGGUGUGUCCAGUUCAGCCACUUCCAAGGAAUACCUGCUUUCUCUCCUCAGUGCCUUAAAACCCCUCUUGUGA